GGCGACACAGCUGCCGCCAUCCUUCCCAACGCAUGCGCACUAGUCAUCGCCUGUGAAGCCGACAUGGCGACGUCCCUGAUCUGCGGCCGUUUGACGGCUAGCUUGAGGAAUUCAGGCCACAGAAACACGAUUAGCUCCGCUUCCAAGGUUGUAGCAGGUUCCACUGGCCUGUUUGGAGGCCAUGUGUCCCAGCCGCAGCUCCCCCACCUACAGCAGCAGCAGAGGAACCUCUCGCUGCACGAGUACAUGAGCAUCGGCCUGCUGAAGGAGGCCGGCAUCUCUGUGCCGGCCGGAAUGGUGGCCAGCUCCUCGGAUGAGGCCUACGCCGUGGCCAAGCAGAUCGGCUCUAAGGACCUGGUGGUGAAAGCUCAGGUUCUGGCGGGCGGCAGAGGGAAGGGCACGUUCGAGGGUGGACUGAAGGGAGGAGUCAGGAUCGUCUACUCGCCGGAGGAGGCGCGAGACAUUUCAUCACAGAUGAUCGGCCGAAAGCUGUACACCAAGCAGACGGGGGAGGCGGGCCGCAUCUGCAACCAGGUGUUCAUCUGCGAGCGCAGGUAUCCACGCAGGGAGUACUACUUCGCCAUCACCAUGGAGAGAUCCUUCCAGGGCCCCGUGUUGAUUGGCAGCUCACAGGGGGGCGUCAACAUCGAAGAUGUGGCGGCGGAAAACCCAGACGCCAUUGUGAAGGAGCCCAUCGACAUUGUGGAGGGCAUUAAGAUGGAGCAGGCACUCAAGGUUGCACAGAAGAUGGGCUUCCCGCCGGCGCUGCAGAAGGAAGCAGCAGAGAACAUGGUCAAACUGUACAAUGUGUUCAUAAAGUACGACGCCUCCAUGGUGGAGAUCAAUCCCAUGGUGGAGGACUCCUCUGGCAUUGUGAUGUGCAUGGACGCCAAGAUCAACUUUGAUUCAAACGCUGCCUAUCGCCAGAAGAAGGUGUUCGACUUGCAGGACUGGACCCAGGAGGACCCCCGAGACCAGCAGGCGGCCUUGGCUGACCUUAACUACAUCGGCCUGGACGGAACCAUUGGCUGCUUGGUCAACGGAGCCGGACUGGCCAUGGCCACCAUGGACAUCAUCAAGCUGCAUGGCGGCACGCCUGCCAACUUCCUGGAUGUAGGGGGCGGAGCCACAGCCCAUCAGGUGACAGAGGCCUUCAAGCUCAUCACCUCAGACAGGAAGGUUCAGGCCAUCCUAGUCAACAUCUUUGGAGGCAUCAUGAGGUGUGACGUCAUCGCUCAGGGCAUCAUCAUGGCCGUGCAAGACCUUGACCUCAAGAUCCCCAUUGUUGUGCGUCUACAAGGCACACGAGUGGAUGACGCCAAAGCUCUGAUUGCUGCCAGCCCGCUGAAAAUCCUGGCCUGCGAUGACCUCGAUGAAGCUGCCAAAAUGGUUGUCAGACUUUCAGAAAUCGUUUCACUGGCUAAGGAGGCUCAAGUGGACAUCACCUUCCAACUUCCCAUCUGAGCCAUCUCCUCACCUCAAACGCUUGCUGUUCCUGGACACUCCCCCAAAGCCCCCCCACCCCGAAACAGCCAGCAAACACCACCCCCUGAACCUGUUCUUUACACCCUUGUCCUUCCUCUGUGGCAUGGUGGCACCAAAACACUUGCGCACAAACACACUCCUCACUCGGCAGACAAUAGAUGCAUGCAUUCAAGUCUUCUGGGUGUAAAGUAGGCCUGCAAACUCAUCAGAAUAACUGUGUUUUUGCAUGAGUGUCUCAGCGUGUUCAAGCUUAAAAAGGACAACAACAAUAAAAAUAAGACAAAAAUAGCCCCACAUGGGGAAGCUAUAAACAUAGGGCAAACAAAUGUAGCUGAAACACACAAUAACCCGCAUGUCCUCCAGCUGAGACGCGGCCCAGAAUGCGACUCAAUUUGCGCCUCAAUAGCACGGCCGUAAACAACAGGGUAGCAGCGGUUUGCCAACGCCGAGUCUUCUCCCUGCAGGCAUGCCACCCCUGCAAUAACCAGGCGGGAGCGUUGAUCAGCGGGCGGAAGCGGCCAUGACAUGCCGCGUGCCGUGCUCGCAUGCCAGAACAUUCUAGAGAGGAUAGAAGUUGUGAUUUUGUGUUGCAUCAGAGAGCAGCUUCUGUCCUCGUGCCUUUUUAACGUUUGGACUCCUGCGCAGCUCAAAGUUCAGAGGUUUGGCAUGGCUGUAACGGUUUUUUGGGUCACUAUGGACCUACCAAACUGACACAUAGAUCUUAGCACAAUGUAUUAUUCAGUGCUUCUUUAAUGGAACUCAACUUCUUUUUCAUGAAGCACCCCCAGGGAGGGAGGCAGACAGUCUAAAUGUGGCAUCGACGUGACAGUAAAUCACUUCAUGCCAUUUCCUGCCUUUAUUCUGCUCGGCUCCCUGCGUCUCUGUAGGAUUUAAACAUUUAAAACCCCUCAUGAUCUGAAGGCUGUAGCUCUACCACGCACACGCCGGCCAAUGAAUGCAUUGUUAAAACGCACACUCUUAUUUCAGAAUCUGCAACAAGUCUGCUGAACAGCGUUGGCAGACUUGGGCAUCCUGUCGGUGGCAGCUUUGGUCUGUUUCUCUUCAUCUUGUGUUACUUUCUGGAUGCGUGACGCUACAAGCUCUCCUUUCUUUUUGGCUAUUUAUUGACUUGUACUGUACGCUCCAUGGAGCCACGUUUAUGCUGCCAUCAUGCCACGACGGAGGCCAGCUUUUUAUUUGCCGUUUUCUGUACAUUGUGGUGCAAGGCCACACCCCUUUCUUUUCACAUGACAUGCCACAUUGUGACCCGGGUUGAAUCUUGUAAAUAACUAAACCGCCGCUCUGUAAAAUAUUUAUGCUUCUAUCAAGGGGUUCAGUAAUCAGAGAAAAAUAAAGACAGGACAUCAGUGCA